AUGACGACGACGACAAUAAGCAGCCACCAAAACCAUCGCGAAGAACCGGAAGAAGAUAAGGAUCAGCCAACAGAUGAYGAUGAAAARGACGACCAAACCGAUGGACARCCUAAACAACCGCCAAAAAACAAACCGCAAAAACCAAAACCUAAACCUAAACGCCAGCCYAAAGAACCUGAAGAAGAUGAUGAAGAACCUGAAAAACCUGAUGAUAAUGAGGAACAACCAGACACUGGUGAUGAUGACACUGACCAACAGCCGCCUAAACAACAGAAACCAAAACCAAAACAACAAAAACCUAAACCAAAACAACAGAAACCUAAACCAAAGCCUAAACCMAAACAACCGGAUGAUAAYGAAAARCCUGAUGACGAAGAAGAAGCAGCAGAUGAAGAACCGGAACAACCAGAAGAUGGUAAGCCAGACGAUGAGGAAAAGCCGCCAAAGAAACCAUCAAAACAACCGCARCGAAAGUCRCMGAAGAAAAAGCCUACUAAACAGCCACAAGAAGACGAUGGCAACGAUGGCAACAACGACGAAGASAAUGAAGAGCCGGACAAACCAGAAGAAGAACAACCGGAUGACGACAAUGACGAAGAAAAUCCAAAACCCAAACCUAAACCGCGAAAAGCGGACAAAAAACCGAAACCGAAGAAAAAACCGUCCGCUAAACCAAAACCGGAUGACGACAAUGACACCAACGGUGACGACGACGAUAUGGAACGGGAGGAACAUCCGGACGAUAACAGUACCGAACAACCCGAUAGUGAUCAACAACCUCCCGGUGCCUCAAGCAGCCCGAAACCGCCGGUAACCGUAAUCAUACAGAAAGUACCCGUCUAUCCGCCCGGUUGUAUACCGAUUAGGCCAUCAACUUUGCCGGUAACACCGUUUGGUCGACCACCAUCGGGUGGCCAACCGCCGCUGUCACCCUAUCCUACUACAACCAUAACACGCCGUAUUUAYCCGCAACCAUCAUUCACUAUACCCAGGCCAUCGACAACCUACCCGUUUCGCCGGGAAUACAUUAUACCAUUAGUACCGCCCGGCGGUGUCGACCCGCUGGCCCAGUGGUCGAAACCACAGCGUUUGCGUCAACUAAUGCAAGAUAUGAUAACCUUGGAAAUGGAUCGGUUCGGCAAAAUGUUUACCAAACUAAGGAYUCAACACCCGACGAUAGUACCGAUCGGUCGGCUAUGGAUCAAGUGCUGGCCGGUUGUCAACAUUUUCAGACAGUACUCAACAAUAAUCGGUUAUUUGAUUUCAAAGAGUUGAUGAAAGAUUCGUUUAGACCGUCGUCACCGACUGAUGAUAGUCCCGGUGCURGUGCUGUGGACAACCUCCCAGUGCUGGACAACCAGACAAUGUAGACAAUGGCCCCGGAAAUGGUGGACCUAUUUAUAGUAUUUCACGUUUGAUUAGGAUUUAAGUGAUUUAAGGAUUUUUUUUUAAUUAUUAUUAAUUGUAAUGAUAUUUGAUUUUAAUUGAUUGAAAAAAAAAGUUUUGUUUUUUUUUGUAUUUUUUGUUUGU